ACAGGAAUGUCAGUGGUUUCUCUGGAUCGUUGACCAAAUAAAAGACCAUGGCUUUGGCUCACCGAUUCACAGUUGCAAAAAAGCAAAGAACCAAGCUCAAGCGAAUCAAUCUAUCUAUCUAUCAAGUCACCUAACUGAAGUAUCUACAAGAUGCGUCUGAUUCUGCUGUCCAUCGUUGGCCUGCUGUGCCUGGCCUGUGCCCUUGCCCUGAACGACAAUGGAGCCAAUCUGGAGGAUCUGCUAAGCGUGGCCCAUCACGGAGAAGCCCAUGCCGAAGUCGGAGUUCGGGCAGCUCGAGGAUAUGGUGGAGGUCAUGGAGGUGGACAUUACGGUGGUCAUGGACAUGGACAUCACGGUCACGGUGGUCACGGACACUACGGUCGCUAAAGAUUUGAUAUAACUCUAAAUUUCCUUUAAUAUCCAACCCAAUGUUCUGUAAAUAAAAUAGUUUAAAAUACAA